AACUCCGUAAUCUGAACUCGGAUUUAAAUAGGCUCCGUAUUUCUGAAGACCAAAAUUAAACGGGCUCCGUAUUUUUGAAUUCGGACUAAAGUUGAGUUCAAAACACGGAGCCUGUUUAUUCCCUAGUUAAGAAACCUUUCGCUUGAGUUCACUCUCUACGUUUUUUGUCCAUGUCAUGACGCUCUCUAUGUUUACAAUAAUUACAUUAGAUUUUUCGAGUGUAAGAUAAAUGUGUAAUUAUUUAUGUGCCAUGUGAUUGAUCACCUUGGAUUUUGAUGACGGUAAAUUCGUUCGAUGCAUUUUUGUGUAAAACAAAAAUUGUGGAAAACAUCUUGACACUGUGCGAGAAAUAUGAAUGUUUUUUAAGCACAUGUUAAUAUGAUAUCCCAUUUGAAUCUGCUCAAUGACUCCAACGCCAAGUAAAAAUGAGUACUCGGAUAUUGAAUGACAUUCAUAAUGACUUAAAGCAGCUUAUAACAGCGCUCACGUCGUUCGAGGAAGAUGAAGAGGGAUUUCGGAUAUGUGAGCGAUUUUGUUUGUCAAACAUUAAACACCAUCGCUACCUCUCGGUCAACAGUCACGCGACCAAGGAAGCGAUAAACGCGCUGAUCUCCAAAUUCUCGAUCCACGGAAAAUACGAGGUAGCUAAGAAGUUUCAGGAACUGAUCGAUUCCUUCCUGUCGAGUUUUGAUUUUGAGCAGCAUCCGCAGUACGAUCUGCAGUGGUACCUGUUGACGUUCCUAUUGGAUUUGUCCACUGAAACUCACAAGUCUAACUUAGACAGCUUGAAACUCACGCGUGGAGAGCACAGUUUUAACGCGACCAGUGGAAAUGAGGAUAGCAUUACGGAAGAAAUAGACUGGGCACAGUAUUUGAAGGAGGGCCAGGAGAAUUUCUUUUGUGAUUUUAAGAGCGAUAGCGACAGCGAAUGGUCUGACUUAACGGAAGAAGGCAUUGACGAAAAUGACAUUUCUUUGCCAACGCAAAUAUGUAAUACUCAAUUAGAUAUUGCACAGCCUCCACAAGUUUCUGAUGGUGCAGCAGAAAAAUUCUCACUUGCGUUAGUACAAAAUCUCGAGUCGAGGAAGUGGCUCCAAUCAAAUGUUCAAACCGAUUGGUGGAACAAUCUAAAAUGUCAAAAGUAUCCCGUGAUCAGACGAUCUUGUGACACCAGUAUAUGUGAUAUAUGGCACGAGACAAGUUUGUCAACCGUGUACAAAGUAGCUACUCUCAGCGAAUAUCAAGUAUGCAGAGAAUUAUUAUGGAUGUUUUAUGUUCAAACGUCGAUGGUGGUGUUUCAACAGGACAGCGAAUCAAAAUUCUCAAUACGUUCUGACAUAUCUAUACCGAGUUUGACGACUACUGCUUUCAAAAGUAUUCUAACACCGUUCUGCGAGUAUCUCUCGAUGAUAUAUGAUAUUGAGAGGUUCGGGGCUGACUUGCAACCAGCUUAUAACGAAGAAUCGGAACUUCGGAGUCCUCCUUUGACCUACGAAGCAUAUAAUGCUGCGCUUAGACAACACCUGAAUGAAUUUAAGACUGAAGUGAUUAAUAUGGAAAAAGAUAUUAUGAAGCAAGAAAAGUGCAAUACAUUCUUAUCUUUAUCGGCUAAUCUGCGAAGCCAUUUGAAUACUAUAAAAAUACUCUAUGAUGUACACCAGAAUGUUAUAAUUGAUUGGAAAGUUAGCUCUAAUUGGAAAUGUGCAUCUCGACUGUUAUCGUCUUUAUAUUAUGAAAUGCAAAAUUCUCAUAGUAGGGAAAGAACAAAUAUCUGUAUAAAUUUAUAUCUACGCAGUCUUACGGUUUAUCUUAACAUAAUCGAUACGUGGCUGAGUGAAGGACGAUUAGAAGAUUGGCGAGAUGAAUUUAUAAUUGUGAGGGUCACAGAGGAUGAAAAUGAUGAACAAACUGAAAAAUUUACGAUUCGAUUGUCCGAUAAUGUUUGCUUGACAGAUCCAAUCAUGCAAUUAUUGUUGCAAAAAGUACAACAUAUGGGUCACAGUAUUGAAUUGCUUGUUUCUUUAGAUCGAAUUGCCGAUAUAUGGAGGCUGGACAAUGAGAAUAACGACGUGAGAAUUUCAUUAAGCACCGAGUUACAAAACAAAUUGUUGUCAGAAAUAUCUAAGUACAGCCCGUCAGUGGAGGAGACAGAUACUGUGCUGCAAAUCGAUAAAAUAUCAUUACAAGAACACGAUGCCGAUAUUGAAAAGAACAUAAUACAACAAUUAUCAUCUUUACACAAUCCAUUUCUCAUGAAAGCUAUGGAAGACUACAUGCCGUGCGAAUUAUAUAAAAACGAUACGGUGGACGCUCGUGCGCAUAACACUUACGAUUCCAAAGCAAAACAAGGCCAGAUACAUAACUUGUACAAAGAACUACAAAAGAUAGGGUAUAUAUUACCGAUGCAAAACAUUUUGGAGAACACGUUGUCUGAGAUUUUAAUUUUACGCUACAACAGCGCCAGCAAAUUAGUAAAAAAUAUCAUGAUCGAGGAAUACAAGCUGCAAACACACUUGAAGCUACUGAGAUUCGUUUAUAUGAUGGAAGCUGGACACGUUAUGAAUAAAUUCUAUCAAAUCUUGUUUUACGAGAUCGAAAAUAACCAAAUGUGGGCUAAUUCGUAUUUCCUAUCGUGCAUUCUUGAAGAGGUAUUUUCUCAAUACUGGCCCGACACAAGUUCACGCUGGUCGAUUACGGUUCACGGCAAUAUCAGUACUCAUCAAGUGUUACAAGCUGUAAAUAGUAUAACGCUGCACUAUACAGUAGAAUGGCCUAUAAGUAUUGUGUUGACUAAGAAAGUUUUAGAAAAGUACAACGAGAUAUUUAGAUUUCAAUUGAAAUUGAAGUGGGCUCUGUGGACGUUAAACAACUUGAGAUUUUGCGAUCUAGAGGAUUCCAAGUCGCCGUGUAUAAGAGAUCGAUUGGAACAGUUUCACAUAAGACGGCUCGAGUGCUUAAGAUUUUGGCUGCUGCAUGCGAUAGGAUCUAUACAUACGUACUUGUCCGGUCAAGUAUUGCAGAGCCUGGGAUUUAUACUGGAAAAAGUUCUAGCUCAAGCAGAUAGCCUCGAUACUAUUAUAUCAGUGCACAAUGAAUACCUGAACAAGGUUCACGAGCAUUGCUUAUUAACAGAGGAAUUUGAAGAUUUAAUGGCAACUAUAAAUAAUAUGAUCGAAAUGUGUAUUCACAUACGAGACCGGUGGUCACGCAAAAAACUAUUGUUAGCCGCUACAGAAUUGGACGUGAUGGAGCACAGUUACAUAAAGUACCAUACAUAUCUUGCUUUAGCCUUGCACAAUGCGGUACAACAUAAGGAUGCGGAUUAUUAUAAAUUGAUGCCAAUGUCUGCAGCCUGCGUUGAUAGUAAAUCAUUUCAAGAUAGUGACAAAUUCAUUAAACUCAUUACCGAUCUUAGUCGAACUUUAUUAACAGAAAUCGCGCAUCAAAGCUUACCACCAUCAGGCAUGUCCCUGCCAAUCCCGAAAUUAAUUUACGGAAGGGCUUGGCAAACGAGUUUUAGUCCAGAAUCAUUGUUACCCGUCGAAGUGUCCUUGAACGAGUACGAACAAAUCUUUUCUUACAUGCGCUGGUAUCAGUAUGAGAAACAGUUCUUUGUUCUAAAUUCAUCAUCGUGUGCCUUACACGACGAAAUAAGAGAUAUCGUCGCUAAUUCGCCAUAAGGAGUAUUUUAAGCAAAUAUAUAUAUAAAUAAAAAUAUAUUAGACAACAUUAUUCCAGAUACAAUUAAUGAGUCACGAUUUUUAUAUAACGAUCCAAUAAAAUCGCAUAAUUUAGAUUUAAAAAAUUGUAUAUAAACUGUAUAUAACCAGAUUCUGAAGCUAAAAGGAGAAAUAUAUGAUACGUG